UGGCUGACCAACUGGCUGAAGGGCAAAUAUCAGGGUUCAAGGAGGCGUUCUCGCUCUUCGAUAAGGGUGGCGAUGGCACGAUCACGACGAAGGAGCUCGGCACGGUGAUGCGCUCGCUGGGCCAGAACCCCACCGAGGCCGAGCUGCAGGACAUGAUCAACGAGGUCGACGUGGACGGGAACGGCACGAUCGACUUCCCCGAAUUCCUCACGAUGAUGGCGCGCAAGAUGCGCGACACCGAUAGCGAGGAGGAGAUCAAGGAAGCCUUCAAGGUCUUCGAUAAGGACGGGAACGGCUACAUCAGUGCUGCGGAGCUGAGGCAUGUCAUGACGAACUUGGGUGAGAAGCUAUCGGACACCGAGGUCGACGAGAUGAUUCGCGAGGCAGAUAUCGACGGCGAUGGUCAGAUCAACUAUGAAGGAUUCGUGAAGGUGAUGUUGUCGAAGUAGA